AUGGAGGCAAAACGAAGAUGCAGCUCUCCAGACCCAAGGGGAAAUCCCUCCUUAGAAGCAGCAAUGAUGGAUAGGCAGCCUGCUGCGCAGGAGCAGCAAGCCCCAUUCAACGGUCUCCAACUACCGACUCUGGAUAUUGUGGAACAAAGUAUGCCCCACGAUGCUAAGAGAGCGAUGGAAUUUCUGGAUAAUGUCAUUGACUUGGACGAGGAUGCUACAGCUGAACCACUUGCAAAUACCGUACAGGACAUACAAGAGUCAGAGGAACGGGGCAUCCGGGGUGCUCUCAGCGGGCUCUCCGCCCAACUAGCGGCGACCCACAGAGGCGUAACACUGCCUUUUGGUGUUGCGGAAAUAAAGUAUAUGCCUGAGGGCUCGUUCUCGGGUGGCAUGUUCAUCGCUGUAAAGGUGCAGCUCUCUGAGCUCAUGGUUGGGGACUUGAAGCAGCUGCUGAAAGGCACCUCAUCUCUUUCUGAUGAGGCAAAACAGCACAUUGCACAACGCUCUUUGCUACAAAUGCUGCACAUGCAAGACACAGCGGUUUGCCAUGACAAUUUUAAACCGGACAACCUUUUAAUGAGGCCUGAUGGAUCUUUUCUUUUGGGGGACUUGGGUGCGAGUUCUUUCACCGGGGCAGAGGUUGAAACUCUCGUACGUACUAUUCCAGCCUAUGCGGAGCCAGACUUGAUCUUGUUCAGUUCUCAAUCUCUGCAGACUGGCAAUCUCGUCACGCCUGACAUCAAUGGCGACUUAUGGUCUCUGGGGGUUAUCACAUAUGAGAUUUUCACUGGAAAGUUGCGAUAUGAGCUCGCACAGGCGUCGAGUGAUUUAAGCACCAUGAAAGGAAAAAUUCGUAAUUUACUGAGCAAUGUGAACGCGCCAAAGGAAUUGAUGGCUGAAACGCAAGCGCCGAAGAUCCCAGCUAGGUGGCAGGAACUGCUCAGCAGGCUGCUAGAACCCAGAAGAAAACAGAGAAUCUCUGCACUGGAUGCCGUUGAACAAUUUAGUGAUCUGAUUCCCCAAUAA